UACUGAGAUCCAGGAAGUUUUUGCUGAAAAGAAUAUAUUCCGCUGGCACCGAGGGGCUCUAAUGUACUUCACCGAUAGAGUAUAAGAAGCGACGCAAAAACGAAAGUGAUAAUUUCUCAGGAACGUCAGUCAACCAAUACGCAGUAUUUCGCGGAAAAGAAGAUUUGACAGUUUAAUUCCUACUACACCGUGUGCGACCAACUCUGACCGCAAGGGAUCGUAUGUUUAUUUAGUCUAGGAAAAAUUAUCUCAGAACGUUGCCAGUUCCCAGUUCCUGUGUGAUUUCAUCGUCUUCCGUACAUUUACACCUAAAUGAGGAUCGGUUGGAGGUCCACAGACUAAACUACUUAUAUCUCUCUUUGCUGAAACUCCGAAAUGAAAUUUGGAAAUCAUGUUCUCGUCGAAUCUGUUUCUCUUUUUAGUCCUGUCACUGACUGUGAAUGUUUCAGCUGGAGUUUACUUCUUCCUCGCUCCAGCGCUCGCCUUUCCUAUUUCAAAGUCAGAUAGCGAGAUCGCUAAACGGCUGAUCAAAUUCUACAAGGAAAAACCAAGGCUCAUCCGAAAACUGUAAGUACCGCUAUAACCUUUUCAAUUUUUUCUUUACAGUAAUUUUUUUAAUAAUCGUAAGGGGAAAAUGUCUCUCGAAAGACAUUUUUCAUGGAAAGGAAGCGUGGAAGUAAACAGUGUUAUUCCAUUAAACUUCAGUAAGGCGCUUUCGUUGAAGCUCUUUUCCGCGAAUACUGAAGGUCGUUAUUUCACGCGUGUUUUCACGCAUGAACACAUCGUAUCACGCGCGUAUUGCGUCAAGAUUUAAGCACGUUCUGGUCAAAGAAAGCGACGAGUAUUGAAUGUUGUCUUGAAAAUCAUUUAAAGAAUAAUAAGUAUCGAGACGUUCUAAACAAGGAAAAGAAAUAUUCUGUAAGGAAAAUUCAAAAUGAAUGUUGACCACAAAAUAUUAAUAUCUAAAGAUCCACGAUUGAUUCGCUGCAGGAAAUUAAACUUACGUAGUAUUCCUUAGGUACGGAAUUUUCACUUAAUUCUGAAAGAGCACUAUUGUGUGAUAAAAACAUGCGUGUUUUUCAUGCGAUAAAAAAAUAUUCUAUAUUAUUGCAAUUACUGAAUAAUAAGUACAUUUAGAGACCCAAUUUUGAACCUCAACCAGCUGUUUUUAGAACUGUCACUUUCCAGCGAUUUUUUUCCGCAAACUCCUUUCACUUUCUGCUUGUGGCUUUGUGUGUUUUAAUUUCGAUAGCCAUCUUAGCUCAUUACAGCCUGCAGAGUUUCCCGCUUGGUUUGAAAAAGUGCUACGAGCACAAUAAUAAUUGGCUUUGGCUAAUGAUCGACUCGGCUACGUGAAGCCCGAUCGACCUCCUGACUUCGAUUCUUAUAAUGUUCCUGAUAUAACGGCUGUUCUUUCAUUUAAUGUCCCGAAAAUCUAGUCAAUAGGUGUCUUUAAAACGUUUAUCCUCCAUAUUUGAAUUUCACACAGAAAAAUCUUAGAAAUGUGACCUCGGUAUUUUGGGGUUUACCCCUUAUGUAACUUAAAGCGACACGCGAAAUGUCAUUCUGUCACGAACACAUCUUUAAACAAUUUACGGGAAUAACACGCACGGUUGUAAUAAUUCAUUCUGUUUUUUCGUAGAUUUCGGUUUUCAAAAUAGUAUAUUUACAGCGCAGUACCUUCCCGUUAUCUAAAAAUAGUACAACAGGAUUGCAACAAAACAAAGACCAUUGUAGACCUAAAAGAACAAGUGAGCUGAUUGGCCAAAUUUCAGCUUCCGUAUCGAAUCUUGACAUUAUCAUGUAAGUUAUAACUGGACGCGUGUUUUUUCCUCUCGACACGUGGAUAGUUACCAGGCAGUCUUAGCCUUCACACGUGUAUCCAUUGAGAGUUUGUUUCAUUUUCGAAUUACUUUAUUUUCUUUGUAAAAGAUCGAAUGUGGCUUGAUCGAGACGCCGACGAAUAAAUUACUUUUCAAGCACGAAUUUAAAAAUGUGACAAGGCUGCAGUCUUGCGUGACAAAAUUUGAAUUCUCUUUAAUUGGCAUCUAAUCCAAAAGUUGAUUCUAGAAGCUUAUCCCGUAGCGUUUAACUUGCUGCACUUUUCUCUCCUUGUUAAGACAAAGAGUAAAAAAUUAGGCCAAAGUAAAACUGGGAGAGUCUUGAUCUAUCGCUAUAUUCCUGUUACUAAUAACAAGAAAAUUGUAUGGUGCUCACUGAAGAGAAUAGCAGCUCUGAUCUUGCCCUACUUCCGCGUUGAGGACGAGAGUAAGACCACAAGAUAAGUUCUAAGAGAUAAGUUCUAAGCCACAAAAACUAUAGUUAGUAUUCUGUAAUCCGCUGAACGAAUACAGGGGAUAUUGAAGGGUAGAGGAGAACAAUACCGUAAAUAUUGGCAGCGCUCCGCUAAGAACGCGGCUUACACCGAUUGAUAAGUUCCCGUGUCUCUGUGUGGAAUAGCGCCUUUUUUUUGCAGUCAGCUGACGAUGAUUCUGACGCCAAUUAACAAUUAGCUUAAGGCUUUAACUCAUUGUACAGAAAUAUACGAUUUAUUCAGUUCGACUUUUAUUUAUUCUGAGGGUCAUAAAUUUAUCAAUUUCAUUAUUUCUUGCCGAAUGGUCCCCCCGUCAGAUAAAGUCCUAAUAUAAUUUCUAAUCCUCGGUCAAUAUGGCUUCGUCCUUAAUACUCAAAGUUCCUGAUAUCGGCUAAGGGCGGGAAAUAAAGUAAUCUGAUCCCUUGAGGAUUUGCUUUGUAUUUAAUUAAUCACACAUAUUUUUUCUCCCUUUUCCAGCUUCAGGGACCAAAUUUUUGCCAUCCUGCUUUUCUCCUGUGGACUGUACUGCUCUUCCUCGAGAGACACGUACACCAAGCCUCUUCGCAACACAUCAUCGACCUUCUUGAUCUUCUUCUCGAUAUACCUUGGAAACUACGUGUUCAAGUUUUGUCAGGACUUUUUAUUGAGACGCGAGCUGCCUCUAUACAAGAUUAGCUUGCUGCAUCACUUUGUGACUGCCACGACUUACGGCGUGAUAAUUGCUUACAGACAGAACUCAAUAUCUGGCGUAGUGGGGCUUCUUUUCGAGGGAAGCGUCUUUGUAUUCGACUUGAACUCUCUGCUUCGAUUUCUGGGCGUGAGCAAAACCGGUUGGCUCGUCUUGUGCACGUCUGCGCUCCGAUUCUUUCUCACAAUUUUACUAAGGGCGCUGUGUCCUAUCGCCUUGCUUGUGAUAACUCUUUCGUCUUACACACCUUUGUCUUUGGAGUACGUUCCUCUCGGGUUUUUCUUCAUGAACAUCGUGUUCUUUGCCAUGAUAAAUGGAUGGCACAUUAAGGUGUCGCUUGAGGGCCUCAAAAAGCGUUUGCUAGCGAGACGCCUGUCGUAUUAUUACAGCAGACCGAGGGCAGCCAGUGAUGGUAAUUUCACCAACGGUAUGGAGCUAAACAAUGUCACCUCGCUGACUCAAGCAAUAACACGCACUGCUUUACCCAUCAUUAUACCAAGCGACGCAAAUUUCAGACUUUCGUCUCCCGUAUCAAACGUGAAUAUGAACAGUGAUGAGGUAUCUAACAUUGCUGUUUCGCGACACGAACGAACGUUACCUCAAAUUAAUGUCAUUAUCAACGAUACGCCAGAGUCGAAUGAACCAAUAAUCCAAGUGUAAUCGGGAAUGUUGGUUAUUUCAUCAGGGGUGCUAUACAAGACAACUCUACAGAUCAUAUAAAGAGAUAUUGGCCAUGCAUUUAUCACGAGUAAGGAGC